CCUAUCGGUUCCUACUAUCGAUAUCCUCAAUUCUUAAUGUGCAAUAAACACAAUUCAAUUUUAGUUUUUGGGGCCAAAAAUGAAAUGCGCAGUGCAAAAUUGCCAGAAUGCCAAAACGGCCUCAGAUAAAAAUCCACAAUUAUGUUUCUUCAAGUUUCCGAGGAACGCUGAUUUGGCCAAACGUUGGCUCGCAUUUUGCGGCAGUAAAGACGCCCAGAUUAUGAAGAAUGGCAGUGUUUGCAUGAAACAUUUCAAUGACGACGAUAUCGUGGGCGCUCUUAAGUUCGAAUUAGGAUUGGCUAAGAAGAGGACAUUGCGGCCGGGCGCAGUGCCGUGCUUAAACCGGAAAAACGAAAGCAAGUCGGAAAAGGCACGCAAAGAACGCAACCAAAAGCGAGAGAAUCAGAAACUGGUGGCCGAGCUUCUGGCGGAUGCCGAGGCAAAGGAAAUGGCUCAGGAUGAUAUUGAAUCCACUCCUAGCUAUGUCCGAUAUAAUACUGGAAUUGCAUCGGCCCCGGCCUUCGUCACUCCGCCGCCGACCACUGAUGAAAAUGCCUGCCUACAGGCGUACAGAUUACAUGAAGUGGACCAGGACCCCCUCACAGCUGAUGAAAAUCACGUGAGCCUGCCGCAGCUCAAUAAGUGUCGUACUUGCUAUCGGGACUUUGAGUUUGAUUCGAAUGCCGAAGAUCCCUUCGACAACGCGAACAGCGUUUUGCUGUUUCGCAUUGAAGUCAUUUGCGGUGUGUGGCUCAGCAAUAUCGAAGGCGGACCACGUUACAUAUGUCCGGAUUGUCAGUGGGCCCUGAGCACUGCGAUCGAGUUCCGUGAGAAGGUCAUAAGUACCGAGGUGAUGCUAACACAGGGGAUGCCCGUGUGUGAAAAGCCAGUAAUCGAAAUGGAGUUGGUCGCAACAGAGACUGAUCAAAGAAUAUCUGAACCUGAACCUGAGUGGACACCAGAAUUGGCAUCCAUUGAUUUGGAAGACGACGACGACAACGAGGAAGAUGUACAGCAUGAAGAAAUUUAUGAUGAAUCAUAUAGCCCUAUCCAUAGCCCCAAUAAGGUGGAUCAUAUCGAAAUAUUAGAGCCAAGCGAGGAAAAUGUCGACGCUGCCCCAGCAGAUCCACUCAGCGUUGCACGUGGAGCCAAAAUCCUUAAGGAACUGAUAAGCGAAUUCACAUGUCAGGAUAAAAUCAAAACGGAACGGGUAAAGAAAGAAACAGCAGACGAGAAACCGGACAAGGAACAGUCACAGCCAAGGAAACCAAAAAUCCGGGCCAGACGCCAGGCGAACCCCAAAUCCAAAACGGAGCGAAAUCGUAUACGCCGCGCUCAGCUCAGAGACAAGCCUCCCUCCCAUGUGUGUGAUCAAUGCGGGCAGAUCUUCCGCAUGGUCCACAAUUUGCAAAUUCAUAUGCUCCGUCACACACGCACAAAGAACUUCCAGUGUCCGGAAUGCCCAAUGACAUUCUAUGAUGCCUACAUGAGAAACAUUCACAUACGCGUUCGUCACAAGGGCGAGCAUCCCUUCGCCUGCAGAUAUUGCCCCGAGAAAUUUGCAUAUGCGGGGAAGCGUCAGAAGCACGAAGCCAAAGUACAUUGGGCACCUCCUCGUCUAAAAGUGAAGCGGAUCAAUCCUGCACCAAUGCCACGAGCUCAGACGCGCUACUUUUGCAAACUUUGCGAUAAGAACUAUGUGUCGAAGUACGCUUUGGCCUGGCACAUUAAAUCGCAUGGAGAUGCGAACGCUUUCAAGUGCCAACUCUGCGACAAGAGCUACUCCGAGCCAGCGAAGCUGAAGCGGCACGAAUUAACCCACGGGGAGAGGCCACUGCAAUGCGAUGUCUGUUUGAAAGGCUUCUUUCAGCGCACCAAGCUCAAGGACCAUGAGCUCAUACACACCGGAGAGCGUCCUUUUAGGUGUGAAAUUUGCAACGUUAAUUUCCGGUACAAAACUAAUUUAAAAACUCAUGCAAACACCAAAAUGCACCAGGAGAAUCUACUGAAGACGGGCAAGAAAGAACAAAUUGAUAGUGAUUAGAUUAUGCUAUUUAAGGAGCCCUUCUGGAUGGUCUCCCAUUUAAGUUGUCGACCUGUGCGGUGCAACAGGUGGAAAUUCGGAUGGCUUCGGACAGCCUCAUUACUCUUCUCCCAGAUUGUCUUCAGCUUUAAGGGCUUCGCCUUCCUCCUCUCCCCUGGAUUCCCAGCGGAUCUUCCAGCUGCUACUGCAUGACAAUGAAAAUUUUAUAAAUUUUGGAGAAAGGAAAAAGUUGUAUGUUUAUAAGAAUGAGAAACAAUUGUAUAUCUAUUGCUUCAUAAGUAAAUCAAUACAAAUGGAAUGGAGAAU